AGGUAGAGGUAGGGGGGGCCUAGCUUUGUCUCACUUCCAACUACCCUGACGCGACAGCUCCCUGGUAAGAGCGAGAGGAAGGAGAAAAGCUCCAUCCGAGCGGUGGUUCGGAGGAAAUCAACACGGCGAAGAUGACCACCAUGGAAAGCAAAGAGUGGCACAUAGUAGCCUACGCACCGGAAGGGAUCCCGACUUCUGAUAAUCUGAAGUUGCGUUCGUCAACGAUCCCAGUCGACGCCGGCUCCAUCCCUGACCGCCAUGUCGCCCUCGAGAUGCUCUUCCUCUCCGUCGAGCCCUUCGUGCGCUCCCGGAUGACCGGCCGCGAGGACGGGCUGUACUCCCCGCAACUCGAUCUCAACCAGGUGGUGACCAGUUUUGGGAUUGGAAGGGUGGUGGAGUCGACGGACGAUAAGUAUGCCAAGGGAGAGAUUGUGACCGGCCCGUUCUUACCGGUCGCGGAGUACUGCGUAGUGCCUUCCGACUUCAUUAUAAAAAAGAUCGAGCCUAAUGGAGACAUUCCGUUGCCGGAUUAUCUCAGUUGCUUAGGAGUGCCUGGAUUCGCGGCGUGGGUGGGGAUAGAGGUGCUGGGAGAGCCGAAGGCGGGGUCGAAUGUGUUCAUCUCUGCCGCGGCAGGCGGCGUGGGGAUGUACGCGGGGCAGCUGGCCAAGCUCAGAGGGUGUAGGGUCGUGGGGAGCACCGGAUCUGAUGAAAAGGUAAUCCUGGUGAAGGAGGAAUUUGGUUACGAUGAAGCAUUCAAUUACAAGAAAGAAACCGAUCUUGACGCUGCUUUAAGCAAAUACUUCCCCGACGGCAUAGACAUGUACCUUGACAACGUUGGCGGUAAGAUGCUUGAAGCUGUGUUGAACCAUGUCAAUGAAGGUGCUCGGAUCUCGCUCUGCGGCAUGAUUUCCGAGUACAACAAGGUGUGGACAGAGAGGGAAGGGGUCAGGAACCUGCUGAACAUGGUGGGGAAGGGGGUGAGGAUGGAAGGAUUCAUGGUGGGCUCCCCAUCGCACCUGGCGAGGUUAGGGGACUUCGCUCGGGAAAUGGAGGGUCACCUGAGGCAAGGCAGGAUCAGGUCCAAGCACAAGAUCUAUCAUGGCGUCGAGAGCUUCCUCGAGAGCUUGCAGUCCCUUUUCUCGAGCUCUAACAUGGGAAAGGUCAUCCUUCAAGUCAAGCCCUCGUGAUGUAUGUCACAAGAUUGAACUGAUGAGCUUGGUGUUUUCUUAUAUUCGAAACCGACUUGUCUUAUUCAUAUUUUCACUGUAUUUGGACCGAACCUCCUAAUUAAGUGUGCAAGUUUGUCUUAGUUAAAAAGGGGUUAUUGCUUUAAAACUUACAAGAUGAUCAAUGUACAAAGUGUUUACACACUA